AUGGCUGCUUCGGCGUCUCCUUCGCCAGGACGCGCUUCCGGAUCGCGUAGCGCAACACCCACCUCGCCAGUCCUUAACGCUGAUCAGUCCGAUGUCAACAUGUCUGAUAGCUCCGACGAAGUGGAUGAGGAGAUCUUGCGACCAAGAGGCAGAUUCGCUGCCGGAAUGCAGUCAAAGAGCAACCCAGCACCCGAAUCAGAGUCCGAAUCCGACCUCGAGAUGAGAGAUGAUACCCCGAAGCGACCAACAAAUCCUCCUAUGACCAAGAGCCCCGUCCAAGAUGAUGACGACAAAGACGACGAGAUUGUAACUGUGCGACCGAGAAAGCUACAGCAACGACCCCGAAAGCGCACCGCGACACCUGAACCCAAGCCACGAGAUGAACCGACCGCUGCCUCCCCCGGCCUCUUCGUCUCUCCCGAGAAACAAGCAGCUCAGGCGCCCGACUCUCCAGGCCUCUUUGGGUCGCCAGCAAAACCAUCAGAUCGUCCUGCAGAUAGCCUAGCAAGCGACGAUGAAGAGCUCCCCAGCAUCAGCAACCUCCAGAAGAACCCUCGUUUCCAGGCACUUGUAGAGAAGAAGCGCAAAGAACGGGAGGCCAGGGAGGCGGAAGAAGAGCGAAAGAAGGCCGAACGGCGGGCAGCAAUGGCAGCUGACGACCGUAUGUCUGUGGACGGGGAGGACGACAUAUCCGACGACGAAGGCGGGCGAAAGCUCACAACAAAAGCAGCUACAAAAAGGCCUUCACAACGAAAAGCUAGCAAGAAGGCGCUCGAGGAUAUGAACAGGGAGACACAGCGCAUGGCAAGAGAGCUACAACUGGCACACGAACCGAAGGUCAAGAACAAAAUUACCAAGGCUACACUAUUCGAGAGGUUCAACUUUAGACCUGGUGUUGCUGCUGCUGCUGCUGCCCAGGCGGCAGCUACAGGGAAGCCAGCGAAGGAGUCUAGUAGGCCCGAGUCGCCGGCGACGUCAAGGCCAAGUGAUACAGAGAAGGUUCCGGAGAAGGAGACACCACCAAGUUCACCGCCGGUGGGAAACAAGCAGCCCGAUAAGACAGUGGAAGAGCUGGCCACAUCAACCGGCGCGACCUUCUCCUCGAAGAGAACUCGGACGGAGAACUGCGCACCUUCGAAGGAGGCUCCCACCCAAAAGAAGAAGGUCGACAAGGGUAAAGGCAAAGCCACCGCCGCCGACUUCGAAGCCGAAGACCAAGCCAAGAUUGCCGCUUCUCUCCCGAAAGCGAAACGCAACGUCCGCGUCAAAUUCCCACUUCAACAGCCCUCCUCCGUCCAAGCAAACACCAUCUCCCUCGACGACGACGGCGACGACGACGACCUCCUUCAAGUCAAGCCACAAACCCGCAAAUCCAAAAUUGACGCCAUCUUUGACCGCGUCCCUCUCAACCAAACCCGCGAACCUCGCCCCCUUCAGAUGCUCCGCAAACUAGCUCACAUCGAUGACCCCGAGAAACUCCCCGCGCCACCCCUGCCCAAAAACAAACAACACCUCUCCAAGCACCAACCGCCCGCCAUGACGUCCGGCGCGCUCGAGAUGACUCUCCUGCAGCGCGCUAGGGCGCAAGCCAAGCGCGAGCGCGAAGAGCAUCUGGAGAUGUUGAGAGCCAAGGGCGUGGUGGUCAUGACUGCCGAGGAGAGGGCGAAGGAGAUGCAGGAGGUGGAAGAUAUCGUUGCUAGGGCGAGGAGGGAGGCAGAGGAGAUUAUGCAAAGGGAGAGGGAGGAUGCGAAGGAGGAGAGGAGGAAGAGGAAGGCGAAUGAGGAUGAUGAUGAUGAUGACGAGAGUUUUGUGGGGAGUGAAAAGGGUGUUGAGUAUGGGGAGGGGCCGGAGGCUAUUGAGCUUUCGGGGAGUGAAGAGGGGGAGGAGGAGGAAGUGGAGGGCGAAGGGGCCGAUCAGGAUGAGGAUGAGGACAUGGCUGAGGCUGAUCCGGCUGGUGCACUCUUUGAUGAGAGCGCUGGUGAUUCUGCGGAAGAAAAAGCUGAAAAGCAAGACGAAGACGAGGAUGCGGAUGAGCUACCUAGCACCAAGACUAUCCGUCGUCGACCACGGAAGCAGGUCGUUGUCCUUUCCGAUGAUGACGAGGACGAAGAUGAGCAGGAGCAGGAGCAAGUCGUAUCGUCUAAGCAGCGCAUCGAAGAAACUCCCCGACCAAAGCAGCGUUUCCCCAAAUCACCCACAUCAGCCCUCCGCUCUGGCUCUCCCAGCGUUCCCACCUCCGUCCUGCGUUCCGCACGCAAGAGCUUCAUCCCCGGCCUUCCCGUCCCCGUCGCCCAACCCGCCGGUCUCGGCCUCACCCAAAUCUUUGCGGGAACCAUGGACGACAGCCAAGAACCCGGCUCACCCUCCCAAUUCGGCGGCGGCGGUUCUUCUCCCUCUCAACCGCGUCCAACCUUCGACAUCGACCUCACCGACAUUCCCGACUCCAAUUUCUCGCAAACUGCCGGCCAGGAGCAGCAGCAGCAUCCAGAACAAGAAGAUGAUAUGAUCCUCGACAGCCAACCAUCCCUUGCCCGCAAAGACAAGGAGACCCAAGCGGCCUUGGAAACCCAAGGCGGCGUCCAGCUCGGCUUCUCCCAGUCCGAGUCGCAGAUGCACGGCUUCGAUAGCUUGCUGCUGAACCUGAACAACCAACCGGCGACACAAGGGUCGGAACUCAUCGAGCUAACGCAGGAUCAGGGGUAUAAGGAUUAUACGCCGCUGAAGCAGCGGUUUGUUGAUGUUGCGCCGCUGCAGCCGUUGCUGGGGCCGCCGCAUUCGACGGCUGAGACUGUCUUGCUUAGUGGUCGUGGCCAGGGCAAGAAUAGUAGUGCGUCGGUGACUGCGUCGAGGUCGGCUUCAACGCCUGGUGGAAGCGGAAGUGGAAGUGUUGGUGGUAGUGCUGGGCAGAACAGUCCGUCGGAGAAGAGGCCUUUGGGGAGGUUAAGGAGGAAGGGGGAUGUUAUUACCGGGUCUGCAUUGUUUAAUGCUUCGACUAUGGAUGAUGAUGAAGAGGAUGCUGAUCAGGAGAUGGAAGAUGUUGGUGAUGCUGCUGAUGACCGGGAGGCUGAGAAGGCCAAGUCGGCUUUUGAAAAGAUGAGGAGAGCUGCUGAACGGGAGAAGAGGCUGAAAGAGCUCAAGAAGAAGAGUAAGGCGAGGGAGAUGGUGGAGGAACAGGCUGAGGAGUCUGAGGAUGAGUAUGCCGGGUUGGGUGGUAUCGAUGGCGAGGGCGACAGUGAUGAGGAGGACGAGGAGUUGGUCAAGGAGAUGAUUGAUGAUGAGACCAAGGCUGGGGAGGGGGAUGAGAGGAAGUUGGCUGCUUUUUAUGCCGACCGCGAACGUGCCUCGGACGAGAAACAAGUCGAGAAGCUUUUCCAUGAUAUCACCACAGGAAUGCUCCGUCGCAAGCGCGCCCGCGGCGAAGGCGGCGAAUGGGACGACCUCUCCGAUGAAGACGACGGCGGCGAGGCCCGUCGCCGUAUGAAACGACGACAGUUCGCCAAGAUGCAGCGGGCUCUUCUGGCUGAUGAGCGCAUCAGCAAGGUCGCCGAGAACCCGAAGACGAAAGCAUUCCUUAAGUCAAUCGAGGACCGCGGCAGCGAUGAUGAGAUGGAUUUCCUCUUUGGCCCUCCUGCGGACAAGCCAUCCUCAGUCAUCCCAGAGACACAAGAAGACUCCCGGUCAUCCUCUAGUAAAGACAAAACCAUCCCGGCUACCCAGCCACAGCCACAGACGACAACUUCCGCGAACCCCCGCCGGACAAAGACCGGCCGCAAGCCGGCUAACCUGGGCGAAAUCCGCGAGAGUUUGUCUAACCUUCUAGAUGAACCACAUACGUCGUCUGUCAUACCCGCUACGGUCCUCGCCUCUGACGACGAGGAAGAAGAGGAAGAGGACAGCAUCCCCGCUACUCCCGGCAAGGAGCCCGCUCGGAACCAGUCAUUCUCGAAACCAAUUACCACAGCCACGACCAGCAACGCCCGCCGCACCGGCUCUGUAGCAAUCGUAGACCGCAUCUCCCUCAAGCGCAACUCCUCCUCCUCCAAUUCCACCUCUUCCGUCACAAACCAAUCCAAACUCGCCUUCACAGCCGCCUCCUCCUCCUCUUUGUCUCAAUCAGCAUUCAAAGUCCCCGCCCUCUUACGGCGCGCAACAACCAACUCUUCCGCCAUCUCCGCAUCCGCCUCUACCUCUGCGUCCCGGGCCAGCACCACCACCAAUACUGCAGGCCAACCAAUCUCAGUAUCAACAACAACAAACCCCUACACCAACAGCAAAGCGUCAGGGGCAAGUGGGUUCGGUGAAGAUGUCAAGAUUAAACGGACGGCGGGCAAGAUGUCGGGGAUCAAUUACUUUGCAAGAGAGAAUGAAAGGAGAGCAAAAGUGGCGGAGGCGGAGAAGAGGAGGGAGGCGAGAAAGUGGAGGGGGGUUGAAGGGAGGGGGGAGAGUGUUAGGGGGGUUUUUGGGAAGGGGGAGUUUGAGUAA